AUGUUCUCCCGCCAUGACUCUCAGCCCCGUCAGACCUUGAUCACCGCUUUCGUCGCCUGGAAGGCCCUCCUACUGGCCAUCGCCCUCGGCAGCGCUGUGACGCCAUCUUACGAUACUUCGACGACGUUGAUGCUCCAUCGCAAUGAGUCCGACAUCUCCCUCGUCACCCGCCUGACGCGCUGGGACGCUCUCUACUUCACCCAAUCCGCCAGACGUGGCUACGUGUUCGAGCAGGAAUGGGCUUUCAACGCUGGUCUGCCACUCGUCGUCUCGGGCCUGAUCCGGGUCGCGCGCCUGCUUGGCUUCGAGGGCGAUGGAACCGGCGCGUUAGAAGCCGCCUUCAGCAUCGUUGUCGCUCACGUAGCCCAUCUAUUGGCCGCUCUUAUGCUGUACGAGUUAACCAUCAAGCUCUUUUCUCGACCUCGAUUGGCAUUCCUAUCCGCUUUGCUCCACAUCUUGUCUCCGGCCGGCCUAUUCCUCUCAGCACCAUACGCAGAGAGUCUUUGCGCCUUCUUCUCUUUCGCCGGCUACUACGUCCUUGCACAUGCACCGGCGUCCACCAAGGGAUCGUUUUCAUGGGUUACGGCUCAGAUCCUGGCCGGCGCCAUCUUUGGUCUUGCGACGGCCUCUCGGUCAAACGGCCUCCUGAACGGCCUCCCCUUCGCCGUCGAUUGUCUAAUGAUCCUGCCCCCGCUGCUGGCCAGCCCUACGAGCUUGGAAAACAUUGCGGCUCUGUUUGGUUCUGUCACAGGCGGGCUCCUCGUGGCAACGGGCUCCGUUGUACCACAAGCGCUUGCUUGGCUGCGAUACUGUUCCGGCGCAUCCGAGGCGCGCGCAUGGGGCGUUGGCUUGUUCCGGUAUUGGACGCUAUCGAACGUUCCUCUGUUCAUUCUUGCCGCGCCGGUGCUAGGACUGCUCAUGGUGUCCGGGUGGGAGGUCAUCAUCAGGCCUUCGGGGUUGGCGCGGAGUCCGACGGCGGAGCAGCAGCAGCAAGGGCAGAAAGGCGCGACGUCGGUUUUGGUGGCCUCCAUGGCCGCUGCCCAACUCCUGCUUGCCGCCUUGGCGAUCACGACGUACCAUGUCCAGAUCAUCACUAGGAUCGCGUCUGGGUAUGCGGUGUGGUACUGGUGGGUUGCCGGCUCUCUGCUGGACAACGGGGCCGACGGCAAGAGACGGGACGUUGGCGGCAAAGUUGUCAUUUUUUCGGUAAUGUACGCUAUGAUUCAGGGUGUGUUGUUUGCGUCGUUUCUACCGCCUGCUUGA